UGCGAGAGAGGACAUUGUGAUUCCGAAGGUGACUUUACACACAACAACCUGUCCUCCUCUCAUUAAACGACGGACGACUCGACCACGAUCCACAAGAAAUACUUAACAGAUAAGUUAUCCAUCCAGUUUGUGCAUACAUAUUUUCUCCAUAAAAAACCGUACCCGGACCACUACAGGCUUGUCGGAUGCCUUAAUUGCAUACCGCAAUGGUACCAGUCUUACCAGAGAGAUUUUAUCGGAGGAACGAGACAGUCGAUUUGGCUGUGUGAUAUUUUUUUAAAGUGCAGAAUAAAAAAUUAAUCUUUUAACAAAGUUUUUCCAUUCUGCCAAAAAAAGUGAAGCAAUCGACUUGCCGGCUUGAUAAUUUUUAAAAAAAGGAGGAAUAUUACAAAGAUAUUGUAAUUUGAUUUUAUUCUUUUAACAAUUUUUGUUUGUUUUUGCACUCAGCCAAAAAAAGUGAUCUCGAAGCGAGUAAAUAAAUUGCAUAGGUCACGGACGGACGACAGUGGGGCAAGUUGAAGGUGGUAUUUUUAUGUAGCAGAGUUAAUCGUGGUGUGAAAAGUAACGCAUUUUUUAACAAAAGUUCAUGUCUUCUUCUUCUCAUUCAAAAAGUGAAGAAGGAAAUUAGAAAAGUUUACGAAGAGUGGAGGAGUUGUUUAGUCGUCAGUAUUAAAUAUUUUGAAGUUGAGGUGGUUGAUUCAGUGCAGUACAGUGAUCGAAGCCAUGGCGAAGCCGUCACCCCAUGAACUUGAAAUCAUAGGAGAGGUUCGAGAAAGGAUUUCCGACCUGCGUUUAAGCGACGAGUAUUUGCAACCGAAGAAUUUGGUGAGAUUUGUGCGAGCUCGGAAUGAACAAUUAGACCAAAUUGAGGACAUGAUUCGUAAGAAUGCGUGCUACCACGACACCUACGACACGGAGAUAAUAAUGAGAUGGGUACCACUCAACAGUAUUGUUGAGGGAUUUCCGUACCGCAUUGUGGGCUUCGAUAACCUCGGAGGUCUUGUGAUAGUAUUUCCAGUGGGGACCUGGGUGACUGCAGCGGUUUCUGGGAAACGGGAGGAAUUCACACGAUGGGCGAUUCAAGUUUUAGAAAAGACGUGGGCCUUGAUGCGUUUUAAUUCCAAGGGAAAAGACUAUAUCCCACAAUUUUGCGCCAUCAUUGACCUCGAAGGCUUUGGGUGGAGACAUUUGACGUGUUAUGACGCGAUUCAGGGGUUUCUUAAUAUGUUCAAAGUCUUUGAGGCCAACUAUCCAGACACGUUGAGGUCGGCGUUUAUCAUAAAUGAAAUGCCGAUUUUUGGAACGUUUUGGCGACUCUUGCGACCCAUCAUAUCGGAUGUGACGCAUGCUAAAAUCUCAUUUUUGGGGUCAGACAAGAGCCUCUGGGCAAAGUCGAUAGGUCAAUUGGCAAAACGGGAUCAGUUUCCGGAGAAAUAUGGGGGAGACCAACCACCAAAUUAUACUGUAAAUCUGGAUGAGAUUGGACUGAACGAAUUUAUCUUUCAAAAUGGAAAUGGGGAAUUUUAAUCGACUCUUGCUCAGCUUUGAUUUAAUUUAUUAGGUCUCAUUUUAAACUUUGGAAGUAUUUUCUCAUUUUCGUAAUAUAUAAUUUGAUUUUAAUGAUUUUUUGCUCAAUUUUAAUGUUCCAUGUUGAAAAUAAGUUCGUCAUAAAUAUUUUAGUGUUGCGAAAUCUGAUCAUUGUAGUAAAGAUGAAGCCCAAAUUAUUAAUAUUUUAAAUAUGAAGACUGGAAUUUUGAACAUCAUAUUUUAUUUAAAUGCAAGAUAUUUUGCAAUUUUGACUACUGGAAUACAACUCAAUUAAAGUAUUAAAAAAUAACAUAAAACUUGUUUACGUGUAAUUGUAAUAAAUAUGAAAAUAAAUAUUUCUCUGGUGCGGAAA